UUUGUUUCUAAAACUGUCAAAUAAAUUUCAUAUUUGUGGGGCAUAAAAUGAAUAAAUUACAUAAUUUUACGUUUGUUGGAGAAUUUCCAAUGUUUGAAUCUCGAGAUAAUCCUGGAGAUGAGAAGAUCAAUCUUCAAGCUCUAUCCCAAGAAAUUUACCUACCCCCCAUCGAUUAUAGUAAAGCUUACCAGGAGCUGACGGAAAACUACAAAGUUCCAGAGAAAGAGAAACCUAGCCAUAAUAUAAGCACCGCAGCAAGCCAGAAAAUAACAGAAAAAUGUUCCAACGAAAUUUUUAUGUCUUGUCAAAAUGUAGAUGUAGAUUUGAAGUCUAUUUACGGUGAUGACUAUAUAUUUUUCGAUAGUUUUGCCCUUAGCGUUCAAAGUGCGUUACCCGAAGAACCUAUUGAGCCUGACAUAAUAAAGACCAAAGGAAGAAAUCCAGAGAAAAUGAAGGGGAAAGACAAUAAAUCAGUAAAUAUGCGUAGAAAUUCACCUUUUCUUUUAGAAAACAAUAGAAUGAUGAAUUUAUACUACAUGAAUCGAGAAAAGAAAGUUAAACACCCAAGGACCAAAGAAAAUAAACCUGAUAAGAGAAGAAGCAAAUUGUUAUAAAAUUAGGAUCGUUUCAUGUUUCCAAUUUGAGUUAAUUACGUAUUUCUUAUGAAUUUGUGAGGUUGUUUAUUGAGUUGACUUGUUUGAAUUAGUACUCUGCGAUAUCGUUGACAUUGAAUUAAAAAUAUAUGAAUUGUUUCCAAUAAAAAAAA